UAAUUUGAUCUUGUCAUGUACACAGCACGUAUUUCCUUCUCAAGCCCAGUUUCUCAUAGAGCACAGACCUUGACACCCCUCAGCUGCAGAGAUGAAUAAUCAGACAGUAUCUUACUCAGAACCGAACCUGGCCAAGAAGCCAAAAAGGCAGCAAAUCAAACCUAAGGACGCUCAUAGCUCCUUUUCAGUCACUGAGCAGGAAAUAACUUGUGUGGAAUUAAACCUUCACAGUGCUUCUCACGAUCUUCAAAAGAAGGACAAGACUUUCCACUGCAAAGGGAAGCUCAUUGCUGGGACCCUGGGACUCAUCUGCCUUGUCUUGACGGCUGGUGUAAUAACCAUGACAGUCACAAGUAAUAACUCUAUUGGAAUGAUGGAUGAGAAGAUAACUCAGAAAGCUAAUCAUUGUCACCGUUGUCCAGAGGAGUGGUUCUCCUAUUCCAACCAUUGCUAUUAUAUUAGCAGUGAUAUAAAAAAUUGGACUGAGAGUCGGAUGGCCUGUGUUUCUAAGAAAUCUAAUCUGUUUUAUAUAGAUAAUGAAGAAGAAAUGAUGUUUAUGAAGAUUCUAUCAUCUUCUUCAUGGAUUGGACUCUCUCGUGAAAGCAGUAAUAAUUCCUGGUUCUGGAUAAAUGGCUCACCUUCCAACCAAACGAUUACAGAGCCAUCAAAUCCUAGAUACAACUGUGUAAUGGUAUUUCAAUAUAGCCUUCAAUCAGCCAGUUGUGGAGAUGAAAAAAUAUACAUUUGUAAGCAUGCGAUUUUGAGUUAAAACACCUAAGCUUGGAGUCCUUCAGGUAUCUUUAUAUUUCAUGAAAUGGAAAUAAUAUCAUAAUUGUAAAAGUCUUAUAACAAAUUAGAUUAUUUGUUCAUCUGGAAGCUCCACAUUUGGAACCCUCCUGGAGUUUCCCCUAUGUACUUCUUCCCUUGGCUGAUUUUCAUCCGUACCCUCUUCUGUAACAAAAUA